CAGGUUACACAGUAGUGGGCAGUGGGAACCCGAGAUGAUUGUCAGAAAGUUACCCGAUUUUCUUGAAUUUGUCAAGGAAGUUCAAGGCUUUGUUGUUGGAAAGAUAAUGAGAAAUGGGCUAGAAAGGAUAGUUCCUCCAGAGAUUCUUGCAAGAGGACCUCUCGCUUUACAAGCCUAUUACCACGCCCUGGAUGAAGGAAAGGUCUGCGAUAGAAGAGUACCGCUGAUGUUGGUUGGACAAGACCGAUCCGGAAAGACUAGCUUGAAGAAAUCGUUAAAGGGCAUGUGUUUCAACGCAGAAGAGGAGAGCACGGUGGGGAUCGAUCUAGAUCCGAAUCCUUUUGAGGUGACCACGGAAAUGUGGAUUACAGGAAAAAAGAAUGAAGAGGGGGACAUUGAUCAAGAAGCUAUUUCAUUUGAGCAAACUGCAGCACGGUUGGCUGAUGACACCCUAGGGAGCUUAAGAUACAGACGUUUUCGGGGCGACGGCGACGUGGAGGUCGAUUAA